AAAGCGAGGGAACAGUGCGCGCUGCGCUCCGCCCCGCUCCGUUCCGCUCCGCAGAGCCGGCGCGGCCAGGGCGCAGGGAGGGUGGCCCUCGGCCCCGGUGCCUGCAGCCUCACGCGCUACCUCCGGCUUGGGACCUGGGUUCCCGGACCGCUCCCCCGAGGCCCGAGCGCGCCGCGGGCGGGAGACGGGCCGGGACAAGCGGCGAGGAGAGGGCGAGAGGAGCGAGCAGAGUCUCGUGCGCCGGCGCGCGGCCCCGGGUCCCCUCCCAGCCCUGGCCGGGGCCAGUCGCCGCCACACUCGGACUGCCCGUGGGAGGGGCUGUGCACCCGCGACCCGUCGGGGACCGCAGCUGCUCGGUCGGAGUGCAGCGGCCGAGACCGCGCGACGGCCACGCGGGACAGAUCAAGAGUGCUGUUUGAGAAAGCUACGGUUCAGGAGAUGUGAACAGUCACCUGGUGGAAUGGCUCCAGCAGGUGCUGCCAGUAUCUGGCCUUUCCACUAGAAAUAUAACCUCCGCAAGAGGAAACACUUGGCUUAUUUUGUUUGCUGCUGUAUCCCUCACACCUGGAACAGAGCCUGCUACGGAGAAGACACUCAGUUAAUAGGUCCCUGCAUGAGAAGGCGCUGACAGCAGCCGAGCCCCACCUUCUCUGCGUGCUGGGGAGCAGGGCUGCGUCGCCCAGGUGGCCCAAUGCCGAAGAACAGCAAGGUGACCCAGCGCGAGCACAGUAGUGAGCAUGUCACGGAGUCGGUGGCCGACCUGCUGGCCCUUGAGGAGCCUGUGGAUUAUAAGCAGAGCAUCCUGAAUGUGGCCGGAGAAGCAGGCGGCAAGCAGAAGGUGGCGGAGGGGGAGCUGGAUGUGGAGGACCGGCCGGCCUGGAACAGCAAGCUGCAGUACAUCCUGGCCCAGAUCGGCUUCUCUGUGGGCCUUGGCAACAUCUGGAGGUUCCCCUACCUGUGCCAGAAAAAUGGAGGAGGUGCCUACCUGGUGCCCUACCUGGUGCUGCUGAUCAUCAUUGGGAUCCCGCUCUUCUUCCUGGAGCUGGCUGUGGGCCAGAGGAUCCGCCGCGGCAGCAUCGGCGUGUGGCACUAUGUGUGCCCCCGCCUGGGCGGCAUCGGCUUCUCCAGCUGCAUAGUCUGCCUCUUUGUUGGGCUGUACUAUAAUGUGAUCAUCGGGUGGAGCAUCUUCUAUUUCUUCAAGUCUUUCCAGUACCCGCUGCCCUGGAGUGAGUGCCCUGUCGCCAGGAAUGGGACCGUGGCAGUGGUGGAGCCAGAGUGUGAGAAGAGCUCGGCCACUACCUACUUCUGGUACCGAGAGGCACUGGACAUCUCCAACUCCAUCUCAGAGAGCGGGGGCCUCAACUGGAAGAUGACCCUGUGUCUCCUCGUGGCCUGGAGCAUCGUGGGCAUGGCCGUCGUCAAGGGCAUCCAGUCCUCGGGGAAGGUGAUGUAUUUCAGCUCCCUCUUUCCCUACGUGGUGCUGGCCUGCUUCCUGGUCCGGGGGCUGCUGCUGCGGGGGGCCGUCGACGGCAUCCUACACAUGUUCACUCCCAAGCUGGACAAGAUGCUGGACCCCCAGGUGUGGCGGGAGGCAGCCACACAGGUCUUCUUUGCCCUGGGGCUGGGCUUUGGGGGUGUCAUCGCCUUCUCCAGCUACAACAAACAGGACAACAACUGCCACUUCGACGCCGCCCUGGUGUCCUUCAUCAACUUCUUCACCUCGGUGCUGGCCACCCUCGUGGUGUUCGCUGUGCUGGGUUUCAAGGCCAACAUCAUGAACGAGAAGUGUGUGGUCGAGAAUGCCGAGAAGAUCCUGGGGUACCUCAACACCGACGUCCUGAGCCGGGCCCUCAUCCCUCCUCACGUCAACUUCUCUCACCUGACCACUAAGGACUACGCGGAGAUGUACAAGGUCAUCAAGACCGUGAAGGAGGACCAUUUCUCAGCCCUGGGCCUCGAUCCCUGCCUUCUGGAGGAUGAGCUGGACAAGUCCGUGCAGGGCACAGGCCUGGCCUUCAUCGCCUUCACCGAGGCCAUGACGCACUUCCCCGCCUCCCCGUUCUGGUCCGUCAUGUUCUUCCUGAUGCUCAUCAACCUGGGCCUGGGCAGUAUGAUCGGGACCAUGGCGGGCAUCACCACGCCCAUCAUCGACACCUUCAAGGUGCCCAAGGAGAUGUUCACAGUGGGCUGCUGUGUCUUUGCCUUCUUCGUGGGGCUGUUGUUCGUCCAGCGCUCCGGAAACUACUUUGUCACCAUGUUUGAUGACUACUCGGCCACCCUGCCGCUCACCGUCAUCGUCAUCCUUGAGAACGUCGCUGUGGCCUGGAUCUAUGGAACCAAGAAGUUCAUGCAGGAGCUGACGGAGAUGCUGGGCUUCCGGCCCUACCGCUUCUAUUUCUACAUGUGGAAGUUCGUGUCUCCACUGUGCAUGGCUGUGCUCACCACGGCCAGCAUCAUCCAGCUGGGGGUCACGCCCCCGGGCUACAGCGCCUGGAUCAAGGAGGAGGCUGCGGAGCGCUACCUGUAUUUCCCUAACUGGGCCAUGGCUCUCCUGAUCACGCUCAUCGUCGUGGCUGUCCUGCCCAUCCCUGUGGUGUUCGUUCUGCGGCACUUCCACCUGCUCUCCGACGGCUCCAACACCCUCUCCGUGUCCUACAAGAAGGGCCGCAUGAUGAAGGACAUCUCCAACCUGGAGGAGAACGACGAGACCCGCUUCAUCCUCAGCAAGGUGCCCAGUGAGGCGCCCUCCCCCAUGCCCACUCACCGCUCCUACCUGGGGCCCGGCAGCACAUCGCCCCUGGAGACCAGUGGCAACCCCAACGGACACUAUGGGAGUGGCUACCUCCUGGCCAGCACCCCUGAGUCGGAGCUGUGACCACCGC